AUGUCAUCAUCAUUGACUCAUCACAACGAUGAUGCUGAUGCAAACGACUCUCUACUCUCGUUUAGCAACAUCACUUCUACCACCAGUAACCCUUCCACAACAACAACAACCACUGCAGCUACCAGCUAUCAAGAUGUUGCCAUGAUGAGUUUGUCCAUCGACCCACCCCAAUCUAUUUAUGGUAAUUAUAGUAACGGUGGUGGUGGUAGUUAUGGUUUGAUGAUGGACACUUAUCCUUUCCUUGCAUUGGUGAAUCCUCACCAUCAUCAUCAACAACAACAACCAUCACAACAACAGCAUGCAACAAGUGCGUUUACAAUCUCUCACAACCAUCUCACCACCACCACGACAACUCCUAACAUGGUAGUUCAACCACUCUCAACACCACCACCACCACAUCAACAACAACAUGACCAACAACAACAAGCCUUACUAGUGUUGCAACAAGAACAACUUUCUGACAUGUUGCAAUUCGCCACCUAUCAGAAUCAGUGGACCCAACAUCAUCCUUCAAUCCAUUCUUCCCAACCAUUGAACUUUAUCAUUCCUCAACAGCAUGCAAUUAUUCAACAACCAAUACCAUUUCUCAUGACAACAUCUCCUUCUUCUCAUCAUUUGACAAAUAUGAAUCAUUCAUUCCAAUAUGGAGAUGCAAUUCCGAGAAUGGGUCCUCAGGAUUCCACCUCGUUCAUGGUGAUGACAAAUGGUCAUGUUGGUCAUGGUGGUCAUGUUGGUAGUAGUACUAGUGUUGGCCAGAGUGAUGGUGACAUGCCAUCGACUAGUGCUGCUAGUGGUCAUGAUAACAAUAAUAACAACAAUAUCAUCAUACCUCCCAACACAAAUCCACAACCUCUCACCACUCUGACCGAUGAUUUUGAUGAAAUAUUCAUGAGUGGAUGGUUUGACAAUGAUGGUACAACAAUUGUUUCUUCAACAGAACCAAUUCUUCAAGUUCAGAAGAAUGGAGCAACAGGCAAUCAUAACAUGUUUUUUGGAGAAUCAUGCCAUCAACAACAACAACCAGCAGCAACAACCUCAACCACAAUUGUUGAUUCGAAUCCAUCACUUUUGAAUGAUGACGAGAUACUUCCUUCCACUCCAUCCACAACAUGGUUAAAAGUCAUUCCAGAUCAAGAUGUCAUGUUCUCUAGAAAUUAUGAUUCCUAUUCGAGUGUAGUGUUACAACCAUCCAAUACUACUCAUACUAAUCAUGCUACUACUACUACUACUGGCACUAACACUACACUUCCUACUCAACAACAAUGGUUACUCAUGAUGCAUCAUCAGAAUCAUCACUCCAAUCCUCCUAUUUUCAUCAACAACACACCAGGUAUACCAAUGAUGAUGAUGAACAAUGAUCAUGCAACAACAUUAUUAUUGAAUCAACAAGUAAGAUCUACACAUCACACAUCAAAUAUCAUCAUUCCUACGAAUAGUACUGAACUUGCUACCACAACCAAAAAAAAAACUUCCAAAAGAGGUCAAAAAAGAAAUUGUACAGAGUUGUUGUUGAACACUCAUACGUCGUCGUCUUCGUCGUCGACUCACACAAAUGACAAGAAAAAGAACAAGUUGAGUCAACAUGCAGCUACUACCAACAACAUCACUUCUCAAUCUGCCUGCAUCAUUGAAUCCUCACAUGAUGAAGAACAUGUUCUAGUACCACCACCACCACCACUACCAUCCUCUUCAUCAUCCUCUUCAUCAUCCUCUUCAUCAUCCUCUUCAUCAUCCUCAUUAAAUAGGAUCAGUUCAACAACAACAACAACAAUUCCUUCCAAUCAUGAUCCUCACACGGUGGUGGUAGAUUUACUCCAGGUGGAUCAAGUCUCUGUACACACCACUUCCACAGAUGCUACCAAUAAUAUCAUGAAUACCAUGAUGGCAUCAUUCUUUCCAAGUGUGCACUCUCAACAGAUUAUCAGAAAUGGUGAUCUUUCUCAUCAUUCGUCCAUUUCACCUCAUGUUACCUAUGCUCAACUCAAUGCACUCAAAUAUGUCAAUAACUCAAUUACAGUUGUACUAUUGAAUAAUGAUCCAAUCAUUGAAUGUAUCAAAUUCACUCCCAAGAAGAAGAUGACCUUUGAAUUGUUGAGUCUCUUAGAAGUUGAUCCUUUACUACUUUCAAAUCUCACUUGUCAUUCGUAUGAUGUUCAUUUGGAUCAAUCACUUCUUCUUCGAUAUGGUAAGAGAAGUCAAAGUAAUGCUGUUGGAACCAAUACUGCUAUUAAUAGCAAUGCCACUACUACAAGUCAUACCCCUUCUCCUGAGAAUUCAAAAGAUUCCUCUGCAUUCAACAACAACAUUCCACCCAACAUUGAUCUCUAUCAAUUAUAUCUCACUGCUCAGAUUACAGUCGAUGGAAAGAAUUUAGAAAAUAUGGAUGAAUAUUUCAAAUUCAAAACAGAUACAAAGAAUGAAAAGACUCUCCAUUUCAAAAUUGAAGAUUUAAAUCAAAGUCAUGAUCAUCGAUGGAAUGAACAAAUUGUUGGAACUAAAAUCAAUGCUAAAUUAUCAUUUAAUUUAGAAGUGAAAAUGGUUAAACCUAUUAAGGGUAUUUCCAUCAAUUUGUUAUUGUUCCUUCAACAAAAAGUACCAGUAUCUCAUGAGAGUACUUGUAGUAGUGGUAGUGGUAUUAGUGGUAAUGGAGACAACCACUUGACCACUUGUACUGAAAUGGAUCAAAUCCUAAAAUGGAAUGUUCCAGUUCUUGUUCAAGGUUCUCGAAGAAAGAAAAAAACUGAAAAGGACAGUGAACUCAAAGAAUGUUUUGGAGAGAGAAUGUGGCCACUCGUAGAUUUACAAAUGGCACUUCUCAAUCGUAAAGGAGCUGAAAAUGCAGAUUCAGAAAUGGAUCCAGAUGAAGAUGGAUAUGGACUCAUGGAUGAUAUUCUUCGAACAAGAAGUGAUCAAUCUGUAUUUAGACCUAUUGGUGAUUCUAUUCUUAAUGAAAUUGUAAGAGAGGCUGAGAAUAAUUUGUGUAAAGAUUCGAACAAUUUACACGCCCUUCGACUCUUUGAAAAAUUUUUUUUAACCAAAUUUGGACAAGGCACGUGUGUGGAUAUUUUUAAUUUGACUCGUUACUUGGCAGCUAAAACCAUGAAUCGAGAGUACAUGUUACCUGAUCUUGUUGUGGCAACAAAUAAUAUGAUGGAAAGUCUCAUGACACCCUCUGCUGCUGCUGUUCAUACUUCUUCAACUCUUCUGAACUCAACUCUCAUGAACUCAACAUCAACUCUCAUGAGAAAUCCACUCAAUGAUCUUCUCCCAGAAAAUAUUACUGAAUUAGAUUUAACCAUUCUAUUGAAAUUGACUUAUUUAUAUUCAAGAUAUGAACCUAUAUUCAAAGCAGAUGGUUGUAAUAAUACUGAAAAGAUGAUCAAAUAUUGUUGUCAAAUUGCAACUAAUCCUCAAUUUAGUAUCAAAACAAAAGUAUUUAGUUUAUAUCGAUUAGCUGAAUCUGAAUAUCUUAAACUAAAUAUAGAAAAAGGACGAUUGAGUUAUCACUCAUUAGAAAAAUGCAAUCAAUGUUACUUUUUCAUUCAAAGAUGUUUAAAAGAUGAACCAACAUUAACCAAAGGUGAAGUGAGACAUAUCAAAGCACUUGAAGCAUCUGUUUUAAAUUUAAAAUCUAUUCUAUUGAGUAAUAUUCACAAUUUGGAACAUUUUGCAUCAACACCUCAUUCACUUUCUGAAGAAGAAAUUAAUUCCAAAUUAUUAUCUCUGAGAGAUAUCGUCCAAUACAAACAUGCUGCCUUUCAAAUUAGAGGACGUUACACUCCACGAUGUACUUCCUUUGCACAAAUUUGUAAUAAUGUGGCUGCAAGUUUGAGAGUCUAUUACACACUUUUCAAAAUGACUAAAUCCUAUACACCAAAGAGAGCCAUUCUCAUGCUCAAUGUGAUUAAAAAGAUGCAGAGUCGAGCAGUGACCACACACAAACAAGCAAAUCCAAAUACUUCUCAUUUAGCCUAUUCACUCUACAAGUAUAAUUUAAAGACGACAGAAUUAUUGAUCUUAGAAGAGACUAAAUUAGAUAAUCCCAAUGAAGAAGAUAUUGAUGAUAAAAUUGAAAAGGUUGCAGCAGAUAAGAGAAAGUGUUAUUCCAAUUAUAGAGCUCUUAAAGAUCAAUUUUUAGGAAUUCAAUAA